CCGCUUCUUCGGUCUCCAAAUCCACUCAACGCCACGCCAGUCCGCUGGAGGUGGAAGGAUGACGCGACGCUUCUUAUACAGCGCCGGCAAACGGAGGCCUGGGCGGUCGCUGGAUUCAGGAGCCGGCGGGAGGAACGGGUGAGCUGGGGGGAAGGGGAUUCUCCCUCAGCGCCAUCAUCAGCGCGGCAGAGGAGAACGACGAGUGAGGUGUGGGCUGCGGCCCGUGGGAGUCGGCCAGGCACCCACGACGAGCCGGCGGCGACGCCACGAGCUAGCAGGUGAGCUCGGAGGCGAUCUCGUGCUGCGGCUGCGCGGCGUCACCGCAUCGAGGGAGGGCGGAGAUCCCGGCGCAGACGCGCGCGGGCGGCGCAGCCGUGCUGCGACGGGGGGCGGAGAAUGCGGCCAGCCAGGUUUAUGCCUCAAUCUCACCUCUCAGGCCUCCAAUGAUUAGUUGCGUCAGUCCACCACUUCAUAUUUCCCGGAUUGUUCUGUAUGAUCCCUUCUCUCCGGUUCACCUUCCAAGCGUGAUGUCUAUGCUUGAUUGAAGCAAUGAGGAUCUUGCUCAGGGCCUGCCGCCAUUGCCGCAGGCUCCCAUUUUUUUCUCGGGCUGCCGGAGCUGCCUUCACUGCCAAUUGCGGCGGGGGGCCAUGGAGGAGGCAUGCCGUUCUAGCUGUGCAGUGUCUUUCCAUGAGCACAACUGCCGGCUCGAUUCUGCCAUGGGAAGCGCCAUCCCGUGAAACUCUACUGAGGACGAUCGAUGUUGCUCUCAAGGAUGGCAAUGUUGACCAGGCGCUGCGAGCAUUUGGCAAUUAUAAAAGGCUGCACGGCCUUCCUGAGCCAAGGGUAUUGAAUGGUGUGAUUGUGUCGCUGUUGUACACAUCUAGUCGAAGGUGGCUUCAGAGAGCGUAUGACUUGGUUCUGUCAGUUUAUCAGUGUAAUGGCAAUCUUCUCAACUCUAGCUCGCUGAUGAGGCUAGCUCUGGCACUUGCAAGAGAUCAGACACCUGUCCCUGCCUCUGCAGUCCUUAGGAUCAUACUGGAGAGCGGCAAGCUUCCUGAUGCUGAUAUGUUGAGCAUGGUGUUUUUGCACAUGUUGAAGUCACAAGUAGGAUCAUAUCUUGCAGCUGAUGUUCUGGCUGAGACCUGCGAGUAUUUCUUGGAUCAAAUUUCAGAUAGGCGACAGCUGAAAAAAUUGGACCCAAUAAAGAACAAUGUCACCUUGUUCAAUAUGAUUUUGGAGUCUUGUGUUAACUUCAAAUGCAUCAUCAGAGCCCAGAAAAUAAUGGAGCUGAUGUCAUUGGUCGGGGUUGUGGCUGAUGUGAAUACAAUGGCGGUUGCUAGCCGGGUCUGUCAAAUGGUUGGGCAGCGAGAUGAAUUGAUGACCAUGAAAGGAAGCAUCAAUUCUUUCUCCGCUUUCCCAUUCUUUCAGCAAUAUCUACAUUUUUACGACAGUUUAUUGAGCUUGCAAUUCAGUGGUAAUGACAUUGAUGCUGCUGCAGAUCUUAUAAUCGAUCUGCAUCGGCAACGAAAGUCGUGCAUUUUCUCUGACAAUGAUGUGCAGAAACAAGGUGUGAUACAAAUUGGCUCUGGUAACCUAAAAAGUGGAUACAGAAUAAUGUUUGACCCCACAAAAUUGGACAAAGGUUUUGUGUUAGAUACAAAAAACCAGUCUGGACUUGUUGUUCCUAUCAGUGGAAAUCUUGUUCCUAGUGAAAAGGCUGUUGCCAAACUUAUCGUAGGCUGUGUGAAAGCAAAGAAACUGGGUGCAUUGUCUAGCUUCUGUAUUACAUUGCAUAAGGAAGAACUAAAGGGAAUUUCUGCUUCAGAUGUGAUUAAUGCAUGCAUUCAGAUGGGAUGGUUGCAUGCCGCUCAUGAUAUCCUGGAUGCUUUAGAAUCAGCUGAGAUUCCUGUCGGGGUUGGUACUUACAUGUCUCUUCUCAGAGAAUACGAGAAUGAGCAUAAACCCGAAGAAUUCAAUUGGCUUCUCCAACAGAUACAGAAAAUAGCAUCUACCAUGGCGGAAUUUCAUACUAGUCCAUCAUUUACCAUGAAGGACAUUGCCAAAAUAGUCAAGGAUGAGAUCCCCCAAACUAAAUCAUCUUUGCUUUCCAGUUUGGUUGAAGAAACUGAACACUAUAACCCUGGAGACCACUUAACCUUUGAGUUCAAUAAUUCAAUUCUUUUCUUCUGCAAGGCAAACAUGAUGGAAGAUGCUCUGAGCACAUAUAAACGCAUGAGAGAGCAAAAUAUUAGACCCAAUCUGCAUACCUUUUGCCAUAUACUGCGUGGAUAUUCGUCAUUAAGCAUGUAUAGGGAGAUUACCAUACUGUGGGGAGAAAUAAAACGCAGACUCGAGUACGGAGAAAUAUCUGUGGAUAGGGAUUUGCUUGACUGCUUAGUUUUGGAUUUCCUCAAAGGUGGCUAUUUUUCAAGGGUGAUGGAGGUUAUAAGUUACAUGUCAACCUAUAAUAUUUACUGCGACAAGUGGAAAUAUAGGCAGGUCUUUCUGAAGCUGCACAAGAAUCUGUAUAGGAACUUGAAUUCAUUGCAUGACAAAACAGAAGCUCAGAGCAAAAGGAUUGAUGAUGUCCGAGCUUUCAGGACAUGGGCAGGCAUCAAAUAGAUAAAGCCGAGUACAGUGCUGUAAUUCUCUUGCUUUUUGGAAACACUUUCUGUUGCAUAGCCCAGCAGUGCAGCAUUCUUUUCCAAUGUAACAUAUCAUCAAAGUCUGGUAAUUCUAGAGAGUGGAUCACAUUUGAAUUGGGAUCUGUUGCAUGCAUAACCCAGCAGUGCAGCAUUCUUCUCCAAUGUAACAUAUCAUCAAAGUCUGAUAAUCCUAGAGAGUGGAUCACAUUUGAAUUGGGCAAACCAUUGGAGGGAGAAGUCUAUAUUUUCAUAAACUGUGGCACUAUGCUGCAACCUAUGUGGGUUGUGCCCAGUAUGUUCUAUUCAUGUCCCCGAUGACCGAUUGUGUUGAUGCAUGCUUAUCACUCUGGCGGUAGCAGCAGCAGCUUCUGUGGCAGUAUGAUGCAUGUAUGAAUUUGUACGAUAUCUCCAAUUUAUGUAGAUGUGGUGUGGUCCAACAAGUUUUGAACCUUUGAUGUGUAGGAUGAUGUUGGCACUGCUCGGUUAUAUUUGGAGUAUAAGGAUGCCGUGGUCGAUUUCCAGCCUCUUAGUUACAGCAUGCUCGGUCAUUUCAAGCCAACCCUACCAGAUUAUUCUCAGGAACUUGCUCUUCCAGCAGAGAAACAGAGCAGUCGCUCUUUUGCAGUCAGUGUAGGAGAUGUUCAGGGUGGCAAGAGCUCUGAAGUUUUUACAGUUAGUUCUGUAGUUGAGUGUUUGAUUACAGAUGUUCAGAUCUUAGUAAGAGAUGUGUCACUGAUACCAGUUCGGUGUGCUGUUUAACUACUUGUUGAUUCUGUUGCUGGAACCGACGAGUUUCAGGUGUAGUUUUGCCUUAGGCUGCAUGGUGCGGCCUUGUGGAAUUUAUGAAUGUGCGAGCAAGGAAUUCAUUCUC